AUGGAAUCCCAGAUUAUGCGGACUUCCUUUUCAUCCCUUGACACUGCCAAUUCCGUCAUCAAUGGACACCGUUUGUCCUCCAUUGCGUCGUCACGGAAACCUUUCUCGAUCGCCUUUCCUCAGUCGAAGAGAACAACAAGGGCAUCUUGUGUUUUAUCCAUGUCGAAGAAAGAUGGUCUCACGUACAAAGAUUCCGGUGUGGAUAUCGAUGCUGGGAGUGAUCUCAUUAGACGAAUUGCAAAGAUGGCUCCUGAGAUCGGCGGAUUCAGUGGUCGCAUUCCACUAGGCGAUUCUUAUCUCGUACUUGGUAUGGAUGGUGUAGGGACUAAACUUAAAUUGGCAUUUGAAACCGGAAUUCAUGAAACUGUUGGAAUCGACUUGGUCGCUAUGAGUGUGAAUGAUAUUGUUACUUGUGGUGCAAGGCCUCUGGGUUUCCUUGAUUACUUUGGUACUAGUCAUCUCGAUGUAGACCUUGCAGAAAAGGUCAUUAAAGGGAUUGUUGAUGGUUGUCAGCAAUCCGGCUGUGAGUAUGGCCUCAUAGGAGGAGAGACUGCAGAGAUGCCUGGCUUUUAUGCUGAGGGUGAAUACGAUCUUGUUGGGUGUGCACUUGGCAUAGUGAAGAAAGAUUCUGUUAUAGAUGGGAAAAACAUAAUGCCUGGAAAUGUUCUUAUUGGUCUUCCUUCUAGUGGCCUUCAUUCAAAUGGUUUUUCUUUAGUAAGAAGGGUUGUGGCUCAAAGCGGGUUUUCGCUGAAAGAUCAGCUUCCAGGUGGAUCAAUUUCCCUUGGUGAAGCUCUAAUGGCACCUACGGUCAUUUAUGUGAAACAGGUACUUGAUAUAAUCAACAAAGGAGGAGUGAAUGGUAUGGCUCAUAUAACAGGCGGAGGUUUCACCGACAACAUUCCUCGAGUAUUACCGGAUGGUUUGGGUGCAGUUAUUCACACUGAUGCGUGGGAAGUUCCACCUUUGUUCAAUUUUAUCCAAAAGUAUGGGAAUGUAGAAGACAGUGAGAUGAGAAGAACGCUUAAUUUGGGAAUUGGGAUGGUAAUGGUGGUCACUCCAGAGGCGGCUUUGAGAAUAUUAGGAGAAGCUGAUAAUGGUAACUAUGUUGCAUAUCGCAUAGGACAAGUUAUCAACGGUGAAGGCGUAACCUAUCAUUAA